AUUUUUUAUAUUCUCUUUAAAAGCAAAGGCUGGAAAAAUAAUUCUAGUUUAAAUAUUAUUUAGUUAUUAUAAGCUGUUAUUCAACACAAAUUUCGUUAAUUAAGUACAUAACUAUAAAAAAUAACUAGGAAAAAUCAAUGGGAGAAAAAAAUAACAAAAUAAAUGCAAAUCAUUCACAUAUUCGGGGUGAAACUGAUCCAAAGGAAGAAGAGACAUUGUUACACAUAGUAAAGAUUCAAAGCCCCUUUGAUGUUACGACGAAGUGCCAAAGAGAAACUAAAUUUGUCUCCAAAGGCGAAAGGAUAGCACAUUUAGAGAUUGAGAUUUUGCCGGAAUUUUUAAUGGGCGAGAUUAAAAAAAAUGCAUCUUCGGAAUUAGCUACAUAUGAGGCUGUUGACAAAGGGAAUAAAUGUCAAAGAACAACGAGAAGAUGUUUUUUCCAAUUACGCUCUACUGAUCCAUCUAUUAUAUUGGGAUUUAUUGAUAUUAUUCGGGUACAUCCUUGUCAGUGGAAUGUUCAGCAGCAUGAUUUCGACAACAAAGAUAAGAGGGAUAGGAGUACUGUGAUAAUAUGCGAACAAAUGCAAAGGCAAUUUAACCUGAGUAUAUCACCACAAUUGGUACGUUCCAGCAUACUGUCCUUGAUGCGGUGGUUUAAACAUGAAUAUCUUCGCUCACAGCAGGUAGCAAAGUCAAAUGAUUUAUCUUACCGAGAUGGUUAUGUGUGUGCUCAUCCUACAUAUUUUAACAAGUUAAAAGAAUUUCUUCCACAUAAACAUUUAAAAGUAACAAGUUGUAAUGAAUGUCAGCGAAGGUUUAAAACGCAAAAUCAACUCUUGUGGCACAACCACCAAGUUCACGGAGCAAAUAAGCCUUUUCAAUGUCGGUAUUGCAAGCGGAGUUUUCUGCACCCGUCUACAUGGAAGCACCAUGAAAACCGUCAUACUAAAAUACAUGUAUGGAAGUGCGAAUUGUGCAGUCAUAAAAGUUCCACAAAAUCUGAUCAUAAUAUACAUAUGGUCACUCAUUCCGACAUACGUGCUUUCGUAUGUGAUUUGUGUGGUUCGUCUUAUAAGAGUAGCACAAGUUUAAAUGUGCAUCUUCGUACACAUGAAGCACCAAAAUUACAAUGUCCAUUAUGUAACCAAAUGUUUUACGAAAACUAUCGACUUAAACGUCAUCUAUGGACUCAUGAAGCAGAACAUUCCGUCAAAGCAGAGACAAAUAUGGCACUAAACUUAACAUAACACAAACAAAUAAAUUCUAACGCUGCGGCAAAAGUAAUCCAGAACGUAUAGAAAUUUACAUUUAUUUUGGUAUUACGUAAACCGUUGUUCAUAUGAUCUUGAAUUGAUAUUUAAAAAAUACAUAAUAUAGAUAUGUUUUAAAAAAUAAUAAAUUUAACUUAAUGCACGCCA